UUAGUACCGACUGGUUCCGAAGUUUGAUAUCGUGACAACAGUACUAUCAGCAAACAAUUAUCAGCACCUCAGACCUCGGUACACACUACCCUCAGUUCACUCAUUGAAUUCUCCUCUUUUUGCCCCAAAGACUGACACUGAAGUGACCAGACUUCUCUCCAGCCCCCCCACAACCUGCCCCCUUGACCCAAUCCCCUCACAUCUCCUUCAGGCCAUAUCCACCACAGUCACACCUGCACUCACACACAUCAUCAACACCUCCCUGCUCACCGGCACUUUUCCAUCCACAUUCAAACAGGCCAAGGUCACACCCCUACUAAAGAAACCCACAUUGGACCCCUCUACUACCGACAGUUAUAGACGUUGUCUCUCUCCUCCCAUUUAUUGCAAAAACAAUUGAAAGUGCAGUUUUCAACCAGGUGUCUUUCUACCUAUCCCAGAAUAAACUACGGGAUGACAAGCAGUCUGGCUUCAAAUCCAACCACUGUUUGAUUGACACUGUCAAUCGCCAGAUGCUGCUAACAACCCUGUCAUCUCUAGUAAUAUCAGUCACUCCUUUCAGCUGGUUCAAAUCCUACCUCUCUGGCAGUUCCUUCAGGGUGGCAUGGAGGGGCUCACUGUCCACUGCUCACCACAUGAUCACUGGGGUCCCUCAGGGAUCGUUGCUCGACCACUGCUUUUUUCCAUCUAGACGACAUUCUUGGGACCCAUCUUACAGGCACACUGCUUCUCAUAUCAAUGUCAUGCUGACAUCCAGAUCUACAGAUAUCACUGAAGCAGCUUGCAUUACAGUCUGCCUAGAAGACAUCUCAGCUUGGAUGAAAGAGCAUCACAUCCAGCUGAGCCCUGCCAAGACAGAACUACUUGUAUUUCCGGCACACCCGAUGGUGCAACACGAUCUCACCAUCUAAGUUGGCAAUACCACAAUCACUGAUUCCAAAACAGCCAGGAACCUUGUAGUCAUAUUUGAUGAACAGCUGGCCUUUAAUGAUCACAUUGCAAAGACAACACAGUCAUGCCAAGAUGCCUUAUUCAACAUUAGAAAGGUUAGACCUUAUCUCACUGAGCAUGCGGCAUGACUCCUUGUCCAGGCCCUGGUAAUCUCAAGGUAGGACUACUGCAAUGCUUUUCUUGCUGGUCUUCCUGCAAAGGCAGCUGGUUCAGAACGCAGCAGCAUGCCUCCUCUUCCAACAGCCCAAAAGGGCUCAUGUGACACCCCUUUUCAUCUCUCUCCACUGGCUACCGGUUGAAGAGAUUUAAGUCACUAAUGCUUCAAAGACUAUCACUGGAUCUGCACGAGCGGCGUCUUUUAUUACCUUUUCAUAAGGCUAGUAAAUCGCUUUCCUGCUCAUUCUCCUUUACAACUCCUUCCUGGUGGAACAUGCUUCCUAACUCAGUCUGGUCAACCACAUCUAUCAUAACAUUAAAAAAACUACUUAAAACUCAUCUCUUCUGUGAAUACUUCACAGACAAAUUUGAAAAAAAACUUCUCUUUCUAUCAACGGGUAUUGGUUUAGCUUUUGUUGAAACUAGUAACUUUGUAUUAACACCUAUUGUAUUAUUGCUCCUGUAUGACAUAUCGCUUAUUACUCCCUAAACCCUCAGUAAGUCGCUUUGGAUAAAAGCGUCUGCUAAAAGACAAAAUAUAAAUGUAAAUGUCAAUUCUGAGGGAAGGCGAUCGCAUCAUUUGCUUUAAGAUGCAACUUGGUUGAUUAAUUUGUACCUGAUACAAUGAAGUUAAUUUAAAGUGCCUUAAGUGCACAGUAAUAUUUGGGGCCACACAUUCACACAGUUCUGAUCUGUCUGGUUUAUAUUGUACAACAUGUGUUUUGUAUUUUAUCUCCGGUCAGGUUUAAAAUGAAGUCAUAGUGCAACUGCAGUGUAAAACGGGAGGCUAAUGCACUGUAGCUGGUGUUUAUUAGUGUGCAAGAGUCACCUUUUUUCGGAACACUUGCUUUUGUAAAUGUGACUCGCAGAGAUUAGAUGACCACACUUUUUAUCCUCCAUGUAUUUCCUUUUUUUCAGCUGAAGAAUGUCUCCAGGAGUUGUGUAAGGGCUUGAAAAUAUUAUUCAUUUGAAAAUAAAAUAUAACAUAAAAAUUGCUUGUAUUAGAGCUUAGUUUAGUAGCUAUUCAAAUGUUUCUAUAGAGAUCUUCCAUUAGAAACACGGACGUGUUGCCUUUAGAGUGUUCCGGGAACUGGCAGAAAGUUUCACAGGGAUUUUGUAAAUGUUUUCAGCAGGAGUUGGUUUUACAGUCAGUUUCAUCACUGAUGUUUAAAUCUUGCCAGACUUUUUGACCGGAGGCUUUUAAAGAUUGUAUGUGUCUCUUCUGGGACGCAGCAGGAGACAGCUACCACUGCAGCUUCUAAAUUCAUUGUGUGUGAAGUCACGACCAGGACAGUUCGACAACCACACUAUUGUCAUAGUAUACAGUCCAAUUGUUUUCACAAAUGCGUUUAACCCUCUAAAUUAUGUUCCUAGUGUGUGUUCCUUUUUUACAUCUUUUUUAUAUAUUUUUUCCCCUGACUACCAAGAGGUCAGCAGUUGUGCGGCCCACAUGCCUUCCUUCCUGUCUCAGCCCCUUUCUCUCUGAUCACAUGUGAAAUGUUCCUCUGGCAGAUUGCUGUUCGGUGCAGACUGAGCUUAGAAUGACCUCAUGAGGUUCUGUUUUAUUGUUUUAAUACGUAUGCUAGAAGGUUUUGGGGCAAGUAACUCUGGAAAAGACUCAUAAACAAAAGCUGGAGCUUACGGACAGAGUCAAAGAGGGACUCCUAGGAUAGACAGAGCUCAAUAAUACUUGAGAAUGAGAGUUCGUCGUGGGAGGAACAACAAUCUGGAUGAUAACACACCGACCUCCCAAAAGAGACUGUGUAUGGGUAACUUUGGGGGCAAAGACAAUCUACAGGAUUAUAAGAGUGGGCAGGGGAGCGCGGAGAGGUGCCUAAAGCUUUCAUGGUGUGACAUUCCGGUGCAAAGCUGUUGGCUGGCUGUUGUCAUAGCAGCGGGUUUGCUGUUGGCAGGGGUUAUUGGGCUGUUUCAUGCAUGGUGUGUUUAUUCUAUACACGAGAAUCUGCUAUGGUUUUCACAACUAAAGGAAGUCGAGCGUGAAAUCUCCUUCCGGACAGAAUGUGGCCUUUAUUACUCUUACUACAAACAGAUGUUGAAGGCCCCUUCAAUACAGCAAGGUCUUUAUGAGCUUAUGCAUGACAACACUACUGAAUCCAAGAGGACGAUAAACAUCCUUCAGCGUAUGAAUAUCUACCAAGAAGUGUUCCUUAGCAUUUUAUACAGAAUAUUGCACAUCCAGGCCUACUUGGAGCCAAUUUAUUUCUACAUCUACACAGUGUUUGCUUUGCAGACUGUGUAUGUCAUCGCUCUCUUUAUCACGAGCUGGUUACUCAGUAACUCCUGGCUGGCCGGAGCUCUCACUGGAGUGUGGUACAUUCUCAACAGAGUAGACACCACUCGAGUGGAGUUUACCAUCUCUCUGAGGGAGAACUGGUCUAUACCGUUCUUGGCUCUGCAGGUAGCAGCAAUAACAUGCUACUUAAGACCACAACUAAAACCUAUAAACCAGACGUUGGUGCUGUGGCUGGUGUUCGUCGCAACCUUCUGCUUCUGUUUGACAUGGCAGUUCAAUCAGUUUAUCCUGCUGGUGCAGGCCCUUAUUAUAUUUACUCUGGACUGCCUGGACUUCUUCACAGCGGAGCAGGCGAUGAAUCUGUACCUGAUACAGGUGUUGAGUCUGUUAUCAGUGUGGUUGAUGCAGUUCUGUAAUUCUAUGAUUCUGGGCUCUCUGGUGCUCAGCUUCAUUGUGUCCGCUCUCUUCAUCAGACACUUUCAGACCGGGCUUAAAACCGGUGGCUUUGUUACUCGAAUUGGAAAGCUGUCUCUUCACACACUCCUAGUCUUCACAUUAACUUUCCUCAUCAAUUAUUCAGCCAAGAGAAUACUUCAGCUGAAGUCGGACGAGCACAUCUUUAAGUUCAUAAAGGUCAAGCUUGGCUUUGGGGCUACUAGAGACUUUGAUGCCAGUCUCUAUUUGUGUGAGGAAGCCUUUGGCUUGUUGCCAUUGGAUACAUUCGAGCGCUUGGCUGGCACAGUUAUGUUGUAUCCGUAUCUGUGCACCCUCAGUGCGCUCUUCAUUCUCUUUCUGCUGGUGGCUCUGUCUAAUCUCAGCUCGAGUGGUUCAGGCCAAAUGAGCUGGGAGACCGAGGAAAAGACCUUUAGGAUGAGGCCAGACGUCGCUUACAAUUUAUUGCACACCAUUUUCUUUGGCCUGCUUGCCUUUUCAACCAUGAGAAUGAAAUAUUUGUGGACUGGCCACAUGUGUGCAUUUGCUGCCUUUGGGGUGUGUGGUAAAGAGGUUUGGACGUUGUAUCUGAGAGUCCUUCAUUGCAACACCAAAACCACGAUGAGACUGAUCAGGUACUCUGUUCCAAUUGUAAUUCUCGCAUUCCUUUAUUACAAGUUUUGGCCCAGACUGAGGGAGGAGGUUUCUGAGCUCAGAGAGUUUUACGACCCAGACACUGUGGAGCUAAUGGAGUGGAUAAGAUUGAAGACGCCAAAUCGGGCAGUGUUUGCCGGCAGUAUGCAGCUGUUGGCGGGGAUUAAGCUGUGUACAGGAAGGGUAUUGACAAACCACCCACACUAUGAAGACCAGGCGCUGAGGGAGAGGACCAGAGAGGUAUAUCAGAUCUAUGCCCGUCAGUCUGCUGAAGAGGUUCAUAAAGUUCUCAGUUCAGUUGGAGCCGACUACAUCGUGCUGGAAGACAGCAUCUGCUACGAGCGCAGGCACAGCCGAGGCUGUAGGCUGAGGGACCUGCUCGACCUGGCAAACGGACAUAUAAUGGAUGGUUCUGGUGAAAACGACCCGGAUCUCGUCCCAGCAUCUCACCCUCGGUUUUGUGAGGCCAUUAAGACAGACGUGCCUCCGUAUUCUGCCCUCUUCACGCGCGUGUUCAAAAACAAGACCUUUCACGUGUACAAGCUCAAGAAAGCCAAGAAGAAAAAGAAGGCCGAGAGUGGCCGGUAGCUCAAACUCGAUCUUGCAGAGCUGACGCCCAACUGACCGAACGGCCCAUCUGGAAUGUUCAAUGGGUGUGUGAUGCUAGCAGGUGUGUUUGUAGUGUGCACAAGAGAUGCUUGAUUGAGCCAGCGCACGCUCAGUGAUUUGGUGCGUGUUUGUGUGCGUGUUUGUUUGCGUGAAUCAUGUUCUGAGCCAGUCUGCCGCAACAGGAGUUUAACAUGGAAAGAGUGGAGGGAAAUCUCUUUUGUUCACACUCUGUCGCACUCUCUCUCUCACACAAACAUUCAGUAGGACAGGUCACUCAAUAAUAACAUAUGUCACUUACUUGUAUGACUUCAGUGAACACAGUGUGAAUUUCAUUUAAAGGGAUAGUUCACCCAAAAAUGAAAAUUCUGUCAUGAAUUGCUCGCCCUUUCGAACACACAAAAAGAUAUUUGGAAUAAUGUUAUCAAAUGAGAUUUCUGGGGCACCAUUGACCACCAUAGUAGAAAUAAUAAUUGUAUGUUUUUUGUUUUGUUGAACAUUUUGAAGAGCUUGGGCAAACAAACAGUUCUGGGGAACCUUUGACAACCAUUUAAAUGGAUAUUCAAGGGUGCCCCAGUUGCUAACGUUCUUCCAAAUAUCUUUCUUUUGUGUUCAACUGAACAUUUUCUGUAUUUUGUUGGUCAAGACGUUGCUACUUCACACACAAACUCUUUUCAAUGGAUUAGUUGAUUUACAAAAGCAGUCUAAACGAUUUGUUUACGAACAGACGGAUCUGGUUUUCAAGUUCAAUUCAUUAAGUUAAUUAUCUGGUUGCAGCAGUUAACAGCCCACUGGAGUGGAAGAUUAUAAAUGAAUCGCUACUUUAAUGUCUCACGCUGAACUAUAUUAUGACGUAGGAGAAAUUUACAUUUCAUUUUUAUUUUGAAGCUCACAGCCCCAUGUCCUCCUCGUUUACCUUUAUAAUACAGAAUGCACAGGAUAUACAAAAAUAAUAAAAACAACUGCUCACACAACCGCAUUCCUCUCACAUUCCCAAACCAAUGAAGUGAAGAAAUGGAGAUGGGGAAAAAUGGUUGUUAGUAAUUGGAAUUCACAAGAGCCGUUUGGGGUAAUUUAGGUCUAUGGCAGUGUUGUCGUUGCAUCUGCCAAACCGUUGGCCCGUGUCAACAAAGUUUUCAAAUUCAGCACUACAGCCGGCUGUCUGGCUGCUUUUAAUGAGAACACAGGUGCACACGUCCAUGCGUAAACCGAAACUGCUGCUUUUGAUCCCUCGAACGGUGAAGAAUCUGGAGAAGCAACCUUACUUAAGGGUGAUACGAAAUUACCAUUAAUCUUUAUUGUUGGAAGAAAUUGUCAUAUCACUGUGGAAUAUUCUGAUCGAUCUCAUUAUUAGCGUUGGAUUAUAAAUCAUGCGCCUGCCACAUGUUGUAGUAGAGGAAUAACAGUUGAACACGUUUUUUUUGUUUUUGCUGUGAUUUAUAAUACAUAUUACUUAUGUGUUUUAGGUGUGUAGUGCGGAGGUCACUUAACCCCUAAAGAAUUAGGGGUUAGAGAUGUAAUAAUUUAGACAGAAAUUCUAGAUGAACGGGAUAAAAACCAGAGCUGCAAAGAUUAGACAUGCAUUCCAGUUUUGCUUUGUCUAAUCAUAUUGAGUGUAGAGUUAAAUGGAGAUUUUGAGUGCUUAGCCCAGGGUAAAACGUCUAUUAAAACAUCUUCAAAGAAUCGACAGGCCUGUAGUAUGCAGCAUGAAAGUGCCUUGCCAUUUUCAAAUAGCUCUGUUGAACGAAAACACUGUCAUUGAGCUGUUGGACUAAAGAGUCACCCAUUCAAAAGACCUUCGGAGCGGCUUCAAUCUCUACUGAAAUGUACCUAGCUUUGAUCUUUUCUUUUUUCUAAUUCCCUUUUUUCUGGAUGUUGGCUGAUAUCUUUGUACAGAGGUGCUCUGGGUUGUGCAAAACAAUUUCACAUUGCUUUAUAGAUUUUUAUAGAUUUUUAUAGAUCUGAAAACUGUAGAGGGCUUGAUGACAUUCUGUGAUUGUAUUAUAAUAUGUUGUAACAGCUAUUGUUACAUUACCUGUCAAGCUGUUUAUAUUUAACUCUUGGCUUUGCACAGUGUCUCUGUCACAACAUUUGUUCCUCAGCAUGAAGCGUUAUGACUUUAAUAGACAUUGUUUAACUGUAAGGUUUCGGUAUGCUCGUUCAGUGUUAUGUCGCACUAGUUUGUUACUGUGGUAUUCGUGCAAAUGAAUUCUAGUUAAAUGUGUUCAUUAAUUGCCAUGUGUACGUUCUGUGUCUGGUUUCCAUUUGUAAUAAAAAACGAUUUGUAUGUUGGA